GAAAAGAAGAAAUAACACUAACAGCAGCAAUAUAGCAGAUUGCCUCUCCUCCAGUCUGGUUAUGCAGUAACAAUGGAGACUUCUGAUGAAGAAAACUUCGGUGUAGCUGUCUCCUCCCCUUCUGACGCAGAGUUUGAUGCAGUUGUUGGGUAUCUGGAGGAUAUUAUAAUGGAUGAUGAUUUCCAGUUAAUACAGAGGACUUUUAUGGAGAAGCACUACCAGGAGUUUGAUGACUCAGAAGAAAACAAGCUCAUCUAUACUUCUAUUUUUAAUGAAUAUAUCUCUUUAGUAGAGAAAUACAUCGAAGAAAAAUUGCUUGAUCGGAUUCCUGGUUUUAAUAUGACUGCUUUCACAAUGUCAUUGCAACAGCACAAAGAUGAAAUGGCAGGUGAUAUAUUUGAUAUGCUUCUCACGUUCACUGACUUUCUGGCUUUCAAAGAAAUGUUCUUGGAUUACAGAGCUGAAAAAGAAGGUCGAAGUCUGGAUUUAAGCAGUGGGUUAGUGGUGACUUCAUUAAACAAAUCAUCAAUAUCCUCCUCCUAGAACAGUUUAUGCACUGCUUUCCUUCUCCAGAUGAGUGCUGCUGCUUUCAUUUGGACAUGAAAACGCUAAAAGUCAUGAGAAUCAAGGUGCUUUUACAUGAUGAAAACUCAUUCACCCUCCAGACUAUACCUUCAGAGGCCUGAUCCUAGAAACAUCUGUUUGUGAACAGUGACCACAGAAGACAACGAUUUCACCUCUACCUGAGUAAUUGUUUUUAAUAAAUACACAGUAUUUGUACACCAGCCUAACCGUUGUGCAUGCUGAGAAGCCCAGCACACUGAGACGACAGUCACUCCUGUGCGCGUG